UGUCACUCUAGUUUCUAGUUUUCUGUGUCCUACCUCAAAUAUAAGUCGUUCGAAUUCAGAAAAUGAUUUGUAAUUUAAACCGCAUUCCCAAAUUAAAUUUUGAAUGAAUUUAAUAAAACUAAAUUCAGUUUCUCUUUUUUUGAUGAAGUGGAAUAGUUUCUCAGUGACGCAUUAGGUAGGCACACCUGGUGCAAGGUGUGGUUAGGUGGAGUGUGUUACAGGAAAGAUUACCCUGUGUUUGUGUGUACGUAAUAAACUGUGCAAAAGAGAGAGAAAACUAGGAAAACAGGGAGCAAGUCUUGAACACAGCAGGAGAACCACAGGACAUGGCUGGAGAGUUAGACAUAGACACAACGUCUGACUCAGACUCUGAAUCAGAAUGUGAUACUGAGAGCAGCACAGGAUCUGACAGUCUGAGUGAGGACAACAGCGCAGAGGAAGUAAAACAAGGGAACAAAAGGAAAUUGACAAAACGUAACUGUAAACAGAAAGAGACUUCUUCCCUCUGUACAACCAAAAAGAGACAAGCCGAAGACUCCAGCGUGUAUUUCAGGCAAAAAUUUGGAAACAAAUCUGAACUUCCUGUCACAUGUGGAAAUAAAGACGGCGUCCUGCAUGUGAAGAAAUAUAAUGACAUGGAGAAGUGCAUCUUCAGUGAAGACCAGUGGUUUAAGCCCAAUGAAUUUGAAAGGUUCGGAGGAAAGGAGAGAAGCAAAAAAUGGAAGACCAGCAUCUUUUGUGAUAAUAUUCCACUCCAGAAACUCAUUGAGACCGGACUUCUGUCAUCCUUUAAGCAAAGCCGGGUUAAGAAUGAACAGACUGACUCUCCUGAAUCCUCACCUGUUGCUGACAGACUCAGAAAAAGAAAGCGUCAGAGACUGCUGUUUCCUUCCUGCUCUGAAAUGUCAGGAAACGAUGAAGACAAUGGCAAAGUUGUUGAUGAGAGUGAUGAAGAUAUCACUGACAUGACCGUGUUUGAAGGUCCAACCCUACCUAUAACCUGUGGCUCUAACUCUGGCAUCUUACAUAAAUAUCGCUUUGCCACAGGGCGCUGUGGGAGAUGCAUAAGAACAAAAGACUUCUGGCUGACACCUGAGGAUUUCAUCAGAGUGAGCAAACCAGAAGGAACAUGGAGAAAAGACAUUUUAUCCAAUGGGGUACCUCUGGGGAAACUUAUAAUGAAAAGUGUUUUGGAACUGCAUAUGAUAAACUGCGAGUGUACGAACUGUAAAGACCUGGAUCAAUACCUACAGAAUGAUGACGUGUGUUUCGUGUGUGACUCUGAGGGGGAUCUCGUGUGUUGUGAUGAAUGUCCACGAGCUUUUCAUUCACACUGUCACCUACCAGCUGUAAACGGAGACUCACCUGGGAGCCAGUGGAGCUGCACGUUUUGUGAGAUGAAGAAGAUGGAAAGUUCCAGUCAAAAGACCCAACAGGAUGUUUUGAGCAGUCCAGUCUCUCAGUACACACUGAAUGACCUCAAGGCUGAAGGAAGUAUUCAAGAGGGAAUUUGAAACUGUCUUUAAGCUCCUAUAACAUCAUGCUGUGGGUUGUUUGCUAAUAUGUUAUUACUGCUUCGUAAAGCACACUCUUGAAGUGUUGCCAUGUAUUAUAAGCGACGCCUAUUAAGCAUACAGAAGAAAAGCACAACUCUGAUAUGCAUAUAAAUACAUUAUUAACAACUCGUUGUUCAAUUCAGUUCCAUAUUCACUGUCUAGAAUUUUUGUAAAUUAGUUUGUCACUACCUGAUUUUUUUGUGUAAAACAGGAUUAAGCACUAAAAUGCAUAAGUAUCAUUGUCUCUACAUAAUAAGCUGAGAUAGAAUAAAUUUCAACAUCAAAAAUUUACACACUUCACAUGUAUGUGCUGAAUCUAACUGAACAUAUUUUUUUAAAUAAACUUGUACUUUUAUGUAAA